AUGCAAGCAAAGACACUCGCUGCUCUCCUCUUCGCCAGCCUGGCCACGGCAGCCCCACAAGAUUCCGACGCCACUUUGGUAGGAACAAACACCGGUGACUCUGGCGAUGCGGUGCUAGGCAUCCCGACCAAGGUUGCGAGCGAGUUGUACUCGGCUCUGCCCACCUCCGACCAGAAUGAGCUGAGGACCAACCCGGCCGCCAUCUCCUCUAUCUGGAACGAAUACGCAACCAACACCGAGUGGCUCUCCAGCCUGCCCUCGGAUGCGCAGAGCUGGGCCAGCGACGCUAAGUCCUCGGCAUCGGAGUGGCUCUCUUCUUCUGGCUUGGGAACUGCCUCGGCCACGACCACCUCUACCGAUACCACGACCUUGAUAGGCUCUUCUGCCACAUCUACCAACCCUAGCUCCAGCUCCGGUUCUAGCUCUGGCUCCAGCUCCGGUAGCUCCACCGCGAGCACCACGGACUCGUCUGAGAGUGGUUCUUCUACUACUGCCAGCGAGAGUGCUAGCGGUACUGGUGGUAGCGAGACCUCGACCGCAGGCGCCCCGGCCGCUACUGGUGGUAUCGCGUUCAGCCUGGCCGGAGCUGCUGGUGUUCUGGGUAUCGCUCUUGCGCUGUAA